AUGGCGGAUAUUAUUAAUUCUACGAUAAGCGAAAGCUCAGAAACGCCUCUACACCCUUACUACCCCCUCGGUGUUGUAAUCGUGAACUACGCUGCAAAGACUCUCUCGACGCAGGAGAUUCUAGCUAUCGGUAACAUGCAUCUCGACGUCUUCACGACGCUAUGGUUUGUCCUGUGCGGUUUCAUCCACCUCGGUUUAGAAGGUUACUUCGCGCUGCACGCACGCGACAUAGCUAGUCGCUCAGCUGUGCUCGCGCAGCUCUGGAAGGAAUACUCCCUCUCCGACUCGCGGUACUUAACAGCAGACACCUUCGUAGUAUGCAUGGAGACGGUAACAGCCGUGUUCUGGGGCCCGCUAUCGUUCGCGAUCGCGUGGUGCAUCGCAACCGAGCACCCCCUACGUCACCCGCUGCAGUCCAUCGUGAGCUUGGGCCAAUUAUACGGCGACGUGCUGUACUACGGCACCUGCACGAUCGACUUUAUCGAGUUUGGACGUGAGUACUCGCGCCCCGAGCUUGCGUACUUCUGGGGGUACUAUGUUUUCCUGAACGCGUUCUGGAUCGUAAUUCCGCUGUGUCUGGUUGUGAGUAGCGCGCGCGAGACGUCGAGGGCUUUUGCGAUAGUCAAGGGGAGCUUAAAGGCUGAGAAGACGAAGUAA